GGCAGCGGGGAAGCGGAACCCUGGCGCGCGCGCGCCUGCUUCUGGCCGGGCGCGGGUCGUGGUGCACCACGGGCGCGCCGCAGCGGCCGGCAUGGAAGAAGGUGGUGAUUCCGAGCCGGUCCCCGGCUGCAGCGGGCUGGGGCCGGGCGGCGUUCGCGGUGGCAGCGGCGCUCACUCGUGGGCCCCUGAGGACGCCUGGAUGGGUUCCCACCCUAAGUAUUUAGAAAUGAUGGAAUUAGCUAUAGGAGAUGCCAGCCAAGUUUAUAUAGCAUUUUUGGUUUACCUGGACCUCAUGGAGAGUAAAAGUUGGCAUGAAGUGAACUGUGUGGGUUUACCUGAACUCCAGCUCAUCUGCCUUGUGGGCACUGAGAUAGAAGGGGAAGGGCUGCAGACUGUGGUGCCAACCUCUGUUACUGCUUCCUUCAGCCAUAACAGGAUAAGGGAGAUCUUGAAGGCAUCACGAAAAUUGCAAGACGAUCCUGAUUUGCCGAUGUCUUUUAUUUUGGCCAUAGUGGAAUCUGAUUCUACAAUAGUCUAUUAUAAACUUACUGAUGGAUUUAUGCUGCCAGACCCUCAGAAUAUUUCCCUUAGAAGAUGACCUUUAUACUUCCUGACGCAUAUUUUAUUCAUACAAGAUUGGAUUUGAGACUGAUCAGCCUGCUUCAUCUUUUUUUCCAGAGAUGACUAGUCAGUGUUGACUUAGAUUGUUUGGGUUGACUAGUCAAGGUUGACUUUCCAAUUCCAGAUUUUUUUUUUCUUCAGAAUAAAACUUCCCCAGAUAGAAGAAAGUUUUUCUUCAAAAAUAUAGGGUAGUUGCUCUUAGAACUUUCUUAUCUAGAGACGUUUAUUGUAGCUGUGAGCAGGUUGUACCUAGGAUAUGUUCAAAGGGGCGGAACCCAUGUGCUGCUCUGUCAUCCCACACUCGUGGCAGACUCUGUUCAUUACUGCCACUGCUAGCUCGUAUGAAGUCUCCCUCCUCUUUUUUGUACUCAACUCCCAGAGCCUUUUGGCCACUACGGCUAGCUUGGAAUGGUAUUUCAUAUACAUGUUGACACCUGGAGAAUUUAUCUCUGUUUUUUUUUUUUUUAAUCACCAAUGAAAAGUAAAAGAUUUCUUUGAUUUAGUCUAGUCUUCCUUUUACAAUUACUGUUACUUCCCUCUUUGGUUGACUUUAUAUCAAAAAUAAAAAUAUGUUCAUUCAGGGUAUAAACUUCCAUGUGUACAUUAAUAGGGACCCGAGAAGUGCUACCUGCAAGAAUAUUGGGUCUUCCUUUCCAUUCUUAUCACCACUACCUUUUUUAUAGCUAGAAUAUUACAAGAGAGAGAGUGUAGGACAGUGUCAGCCUUAAAAUGUCUUUAUUAAUUAGACCCAGUUGUUCUGCUUGUUUUAAUUGUUCUUCUAAUUAAGUUGUCAAAAGUAUGAAAAAAUACAUGCAUAAAGAUGUUCCAAGUGGCAUUACUUUUAAUAGCCCAAAUUAUAAAGCACUUAAAAGUUUAGGGCAGGGGUCCACAGUUUUUUUAAUAAAGGGCCAGAAAGUACAUAUUUUAGGCUUUUCAGGUCUUUACUAUCUCUUAUAACUUAUCAACACUGCCGUUUGUAGCACAAAAGCAGCCAUAAACAGUAUGUGAACAAAUGGCCAUGGCUGUGUUCCAAUAAAACUUUAUUUACAAAUAUGGAACCAUAAUUUGCCAUCACCUGGUCUAGGAAAUAGUUACUAAACAGAGAUCUAUGAAUGGUAUAACAUAUACUCCUGAAAAAUUAGUAAUGAAUACAUUAAAUACAUGAGAAAAUGUUACAUUAAGUAAAAAUUGCAAAAUAUAAUAAAAGUAUGAAUGCAUGCAAUCAUGGCUACAAAUAACACAUCAUGCAUGUAAUAAAAGGAUGAUAAAAUAACUCAAAUUACUAACUAUGGUUCUAGUAGGUUGGCAGGCAGUAAAUGGAUGACUGUCUUUCCUCAGUAUUUCAGUUCUUGUUUGUAUUUUAUAAUAAAAACAUCUUAAAAUGUGUCUUGAAAUUUAUAUUAGUUAUCUAUCAUUACAUGAUAAUGUUAUACAAACUUAUAGCACACAGUUAUUAUCUCAUAGUUUUUGUGUGUAAGGAGUCUGGGCACAAUCAGUUGAAUCCUCUGUAAGGCUGCAGUCAAGGUGUUGUCCUGGACUGUGGUCUUACCUGAAGCUUCACUGG